AUGGAACACUCCCUAGUUGUGACAAGUUAUGGGUCCCGUUCCGAUAUGUUCAAAUAAGCUAGUCGCUUUCUCUGUGUCCUUUACUUUUCUUGUCUUUUUUAUCUUAAGUCUAGAGUUAUCAUUUAAAUAAGGAUGGAGUUAGAUCAGUUUUGUCCGUGUGUCUACAUUUGGCGAAAGCGGUGCGGAGAGACUACGUUUUAGGUUUUCGAAGAACGAGUUGGAACGUGACAGGAAGUCGUACUGAUGAGGAAGAGGCAGGUGGCGGGAACAGCUAAAACCGCGAGUUGGAGUGCUGCAACUUUGUCAACAUAAACAACCAGUGAAAGCGGUGUUUGUGGCGCAGCACCGAUUUAGUUUUGUUAUAAUAUCAAGAAAUUAAGAAGAUAUCACUAAUAGCUGGAGCAGGCCAGGCAUGAGUGGAGCACACCUGGACGAAUGGCAGAGGAGGUCCUUUGACAUUUCAUCUGGCAGCUGUACACCUGAACAGACGGCCGAUGCCUACCGGGCCCACAUCCUCUCCAUUCAGUAUGCAUGGGCAACCUCCCAGCUCUCUCAGGCCGGCGCGGCCAGCCUGCUCAGGACCUACUCGGAGCGCUACGCCGCGGUGCUGGACUCGGACGACUCCCGCACGGGGCUCAACAACUAUGCAGAGAGCGCGCUGCAUUUGGCCCGCAGUCAGAGGAACCACAGCGACAAAUGGGAGUCGUCCCUGACCGUGGAGAGUGUGCUGGAGCUGCCCUGCGUGCAGAGGAUGAUUCAGGCGGGGACCAAGGGAGGAGGGUCCCCUGUGGCACCAGCAGAUGUUAACAUAUCUGUGGGACAAGAGAGCAGAGGCAGCUCCCUGUCUGUCCCCUUUACCAGAGUCAGGUCAGAGGCUGUAGGACCACCACAGCCGAAAACAGAGGUUAACAACAGUGCUAGUAAUCCAAGAGGCUCUGAGGGGAUCUCAACUAAUCCAUUCCCCCGAGCUCCACCCCGACCACAGCCCCUCUUUAGUCACCCUUCGUCAGUCCCUCCACAGGGGAACCCUGGCCCUGCAGGUGCCACACAAAAUCACCAGCCCUGCUCCUUCCCCACCUCCAAUCCAUCUAAGCGGAAGAAUUUUUACACCCCAGACGGAGGAGGUCAAGCAGCCACUGACCCAAGACCUGGAGGCGCCUUCAAAUCGGCUCGCGAGCAGUUCAUCGUCGACCAACAGAAAAAACAUUCCCAUCAGCCCCAGAGAGGCGCAACCCCUGGGAUGGAAGCGCCUGUGAAAAAAUCCCUGGGUGCUCACAGGCCCAGAGGCGCAUUUUCUAAAUUUGUGUCGCCUCUGCCACGUCAGGAGGAAGAGGAAGCUGUGACGAGCCGUAACUCUAACCAGGAGCCUCAGAUCCUGGACGAGCGUCUGAAGAACUUUGAGCCAAAGAUAAUUGAGCUGAUUAUGAGUGAGAUCAUGGACCACGGGCCUCCUGUGGCCUGGGAUGACAUAGCAGGACUGGAGUUCGCCAAGACCACCAUAAAGGAGAUUGUGGUUUGGCCCAUGCUGCGUCCUGACAUCUUUACCGGCCUUCGCGGUCCCCCCAAAGGCAUCCUUCUCUUUGGACCCCCAGGAACUGGAAAGACUCUGAUAGGAAAAUGUAUCGCUAGUCAAUCAGGUGCCAUGUUUUUUAGCAUCAGCGCUUCAUCGCUCACCUCCAAGUGGGUGGGUGAAGGGGAAAAGAUGGUGCGAGCCCUGUUCACCAUCGCCCGCUGCCACCAGCCCGCCGUCGUCUUCAUCGACGAGAUUGACUCGCUGUUGUCCCAGCGGACGGACGGGGAGCACGACUCGUCCCGCAGGAUAAAAACAGAGUUCUUGGUUCAGCUGGACGGGGCCACCACAUCCGCCGAGGACCGCGUCCUGGUGGUUGGCGCCACCAACCGGCCUCAGGAUUUAGACGAGGCAGCCCGUCGACGCCUGGUGAAGAGGUUGUACAUCCCCCUGCCUGAAGCGGCCGCCCGUCGGCAGAUUGUGACGAACCUCAUGGCUCGAGAGAAGAACCAGCUGAAAGAGGAGGAGCUGGAGAGCGUGGUAACGGCCACAGAGGGCUUCUCUGGUGCAGACAUGACUCACCUGUGUCGAGAGGCAGCGCUGGGUCCUGUACGCAGCAUCCACCUCAGCGACAUCGCCACUAUCACCGCAGAGCAGGUGCGACCGAUCCUCUACGCCGACUUCCUGGAGGCCCUGAGGACUGUCCGACCCAGCGUCUCGUCUAAAGACCUGGACCUGUACAUGGAGUGGAAUAAGACUUUUGGAUGUGGCCGCUGAAAACUGAAGUUCCUCCCCCUCUGUUAAAGUUAUGGACGUUAUUUUGGAAACUGAGCCGAGAAAAAAUGUUGAAUAUUUUCCGCUGUGCACACGGAGGGUGUGGACGGUGAUAGUUUUCUGCCUUCAGCUGCAUUAAAUAGAAAAUUAAAGCCAUAAACUUUUUACAGUUAUCCUCACUCACAGUAAUAUUUGUGGCGAGAGAAUGAAAGACAGUUUCUGUGUGGAGAAAUUCCUCCGCAGAUUGUUCCCAGCAGUUUACAUUAUGCAUUCAAAUUACUCUCAGAAGUUUUGCUCAGAUACUAAUGUUGUUGUUUUGUGCUUUUAGGAUAAAGUUAGAUUCACUCCCACCCAUGUCUUUGCUUUAGUUUGUUUACAACAUCCUCUUUUUUCUGAAUUAAUAAAAUGUAGCAGAGUUUG